CUUCAUCUGCUUUCAAUGUUCCUCUAAUCAAACAUGAUGUCUUCAUCAGUUUUCGAGGAACAGACAUUCGCACUUCUUUUCUUAGUCAUUUGACAACAGACUUGAAGCGUAAUCAAAUUGAUUUUUUUGUUGACGAUGAAAAGCUUCAUCCUGGAGAUGAGAUUUCAUCCACCCUCCUUCGAGCUAUUGAGCAAUCAUACAUCUCAUUGGUUAUCUUCUCGGAACACUAUGCUUCUUCAAGAUGGUGUAUGGAGGAGCUUGUGAAGAUUAUUGAAUGCAUGGAACAGUAUGAAAGGAUUGUGAUACCUGUUUUUUAUAAUGUUGAUCCUUCUCAUGUAAGGUAUCAAAAAAGAACCUUUGCAGAAGCUUUUGAUGUCCACAAAGAGAGAUAUGAAGAGAAAAUUAUGCAGAAUUGGAAAUCUGUUUUGAAGAAGACGGCAAAUUUAUCUGGAAUUCAUUAUCCAUCAAAAUAUCGAAAUGAAUCAGAACUCAUCCAAGAUAUUGUCAAGAAUAUUUCGGAAAAAUUGUCGCAUCUUUUUUCAAAUGCACCCCAAGACCUUGUCGGAAUUGAUGAGCAUUUUAAAUUUCUUCAACCUUUAAUGGCAAUGGAGUCUGAUGAAGUUCGAACUGUGGGAAUUUGGGGGAUGGGAGGCAUAGGUAAAACAACAAUUGCUAGGGCAAUAUUCGACAGAUAUGCCUCUCGAUAUGAAAGUUGCUGCUUUCUAGAAAAUGUAAGAGAAGAAUCUCAAAAGUCUGGUAAACACAGCUUAUAUGAGAAACUUAUUUCUGAACUACUUGAGGGAGAACAUCUUGUGAAGGGAUCAGCCCAUGCAAGAUCUAUGUAUGUCAAGAGAAAGUUGAGUCGGAAAAAGGUGCUCAUAGUGCUUGAUGAUGUGGAUGCAUUAGACAAGUUAGAUUAUCUAACAACAGAAGCAAUCUGUCUGGGAGCAGGUAGUAGGGUCAUUGUAACAACAAGAGACGAGCAAAUUCUAAUUGCUAAAGGAGUGGAUAAAAGAUACAAGGUUUGGGGAUUGAGCUUUGACAGUUCCCUUGAGCUUUUUUGCUUAAAAGCCUUUCACAAAAGCUGUCCUGAAAAUGGAUACAGAGAGCUUUCAAAAAUGGCAGUUAAUUACACAAAGGGCAAUCCAUUAGCAUUAAAAGUAUUGGGAUCCUUUCUACACUCAAGGAGCAUAAAAGAAUGGGAAAGUGCAUUGAAAAAACUCAGGGUUCAUCCCAAUGUGGACAUCUACAAUGUCUUAAAAUUGAGUUAUGAUGGUUUAGAUGAUUCAGAAAAGAACAUAUUCCUUGACAUUGCAUUCUUUUUCAGAGGAGAAUACAAGGGUAAUGUUAUAAGCUUUCUAGACUCGUGUGGUUUCUAUGGCGACAUUGGAAUAAGCACUCUUGAGCGUAAAGCUCUUAUAACUAUUUUCGGCAAUAGAAUAGGAAUGCAUGACUUGAUACAACAAAUGGGUUGGGAAGUCGUUCGCCGAGAAUCAAAUAAAGAUUCUGGAAAGCUCACUCGAAUAAAUAAAGCUGAAGAUUUCUGCAACUUAUUGAAAAAUAGCGAGGAAAAAAGUUUAGUAGAAGGCAUUAUGAUAGACUUGUCCCAAAUUGGAGAUCUACACUUAAAUGCGAACACCUUUACAAAUAUGCCUCGUCUAAGAUUUCUUAAGCUUUAUGCUCCUUCGGAUCAAAGACAGUCCAAAGUCUACAUUCCCACAACCCUGGACCCGUUUCCUGCAAAAGUCAGCUAUCUGGAGUGGAAUAGUUGUCCUCUGAAUUCUCUACCAUUAAGGUUUUGUGCAGAAAAACUUGUUAAUCUUAGGAUGUGUAACAGUCAAAUUUCUCAACUCUGGGAUGGAGCACAGGAUCUUGUGAAUUUGAUAGAGCUUAACCUUGGUGGAUGUAUAAAGUUGGAAGAGCUCCCAGACUUCAGUAAAGCAACGAAGCUUAAAUGGUUAAACCUUUGGAAUUGUCAAAAUCUAUGUCAACUUCAUCCAUCUAUUUUAUCCAUCCAAACACUUGAGGUAUUGUCUCUUGAUGGUUGCAAAAAAUUGAAGAGUGUCAAAAGCAACAUAUAUUUGAAAUCUCUUAAAGCACUCGGGUUUCAAAUGUGCUCAAGCCUGGAGGAAUUUUCGGUGUCAUCAGAAAAACUGACGAUUUCGUAUUUCUCUUUUUCGAGAUUUAAGAGUUUACCAUAUGAAUUCUAUUGCUCUACAUAUCUUUUCCGUCUUUGUCUUUUGGAUUGCAGAGAGCUAAUUGAGCUUCCACACCAUAUCAAAACCCUAUCAAAGUUAGUGACUCUUGACGUAAGAGGUUGUCGUAGUCUUCGAUCUAUACCGGAGCUUCCACCAUCUAUUGAAGUGCUUCUUGCUGAUGAGUGCACAUCACUGGAAAGAAUAUUCAGUUUUAAGGCAGUAUUUAGUUUGAACAGAAGACAGAUCUCAUUUGAAAAUUGCGUGAAAUUGGAAGAGGAGUCGCUGAAUGAUAUUACGGAAGAUGCCCAUCUCACAAUAUUCAGAAAUGUUUUGUCUUUCUUAACAGGUCAAUAUCAGAUGAUAAAUUAUAAUGAAUAUCGUAGAAUGGAUGGUCGUAUUUGUUAUCCAGGGUACAAAGUUCCAGAGUGGUUUGGAUGUCAGACAACAGAAGCGUCCAUAACAAUUGAACUUGAUCAACCUUACUACCAGUUGUUGGGUUUCAUCUUCUGUUGUGUUGUCUCUCAAAACGUACCUCCUCCUUGUUUUAAUAAAUGGGGUACUCUCAAUAUCAGGUGUGAAUACGGCCACUUCGGAGAUGAUGUUAAGCACACAUUUCAAAUUAAAAGGCAAAACUUUGUUCCUGAAAGACGACGGAACUCUGAAGAUCGCGUUUUUAUUUGGACUUAUCAAUUUCCCGAUGAAGACAUGUUUAGGGAAAUUGAAAUGUGUGAUGAUGAUGACAGCACUAGCAACCAAAAGAUGUCAUUCAGAUUCAGUGUUGAUAUACCUGAAUAUGGGAAGAGAUUAGAAGAAAGGAAAAAAUUGGUUUUUAUCAAAGGGUGUGGGAUUUUGCCAAUUUAUGCCUCAACUGUCGUGGAUGUCAUUCAAAAACUUGAAUUGGAGUGCAAGUUGCAGUUGAACCCUCAUCCUCAUAACUCCAUCACAAGGCAGAGUAUAGACGCAGUGAAAAGCAAGAUGAUCCGGAAGAUUAAAGGAAAAUCACAUCGACUCCUGAAGAAGUAAGUUGCAUGACCAAGAACAGUGAAAGAAAGUUAGCUGCUUGAUCAAAGAGUAGUCUGGAUUUAAAAGGCAGCAAGGGAGAGUAUUACCACUGCAUUUGAUUUUCAACAUUAGCAAAAGCUUCAUGCCUCUAAUUCCACCUUGUACUACUAUUUGAAAGUUUGUACAAACAGAUGCACUUACAUUCACCUUUGUGGUCUUGUAAACCUCUUAUUUGAUUUGUGUAUCCUAAUGUAAUUGAACCACUUUUUGUCAUGAUUCUUGGGAAUGCCACACUUUUUUUUACACAAGUGAGGAGUCUCUAUUCUUAAGUUUUAAUUUAUGUAUUAUUGCAUGUAAAGCCUUCUCAAAUUCACACGAUUUUAAUUUAUUCUGGUACUUCUA